AUGUUAUUUUAUACCCGACCAAGACAUGCGAUAAUGACGGAUAACCGUCCGUACAUGCCUAGCGUGGCAGGAGCGUCAGGAGAUCACGAAACGCUGACCAGUUAUCCCGAGCCUCAUGGCAGCGGAGCUCCGCAGAGCAGCGGGGGGUACGAGAUAGGCCAUUCCAGCGGCAUUCCGCGCGACAAGGAAGACGUGCUUAGGACGCUGCCUCCCGUGACUGGCCCUACGGGCGGACCCACCCGCCGGUCGUCGAGAGGUGGUUGGACCGCCGAGGAGGACGAAAUCCUACGGCGAGCAGUGCAAUGCUAUAAGGGCAAGAACUGGCGUAAAAUAGCGGAGUUCUUCCCCGACCGCACGGACGUGCAGUGCCUGCACCGAUGGCAGAAGGUGCUCAACCCCGACCUUGUGAAGGGUCCCUGGACCAAAGAGGAGGACGAGCGCAUAACGGAGCUGGUGGCGCAGUACGGCGCAAAGAAGUGGUCGCUCAUCGCGCAGCACCUGCCGGGGCGCAUCGGCAAGCAGUGUCGCGAGCGGUGGCACAACCACCUGAACCCGGGCAUCAAGAAGGAGGCGUGGGGCGAGCACGAGGACGUGCAGCUCAUCAAGGCGCACAAGCUCUUCGGCAACAAGUGGGCCGAAAUCGCCAAGUUCCUGCCCGGCAGGACGGACAACUCGAUCAAGAACCAUUGGAACAGCUGCAUGAAGAAGCGCGCCGAGCUCUGCACUCUCGCGGACCUCCUCGCGCUUCCGCCGUCACCCGGGCUCCCCGAAAUCCCCAUCUCCGCGGAAGUGCUGCAGGCCGCGCGCGAGGGGAAGCCGCUUCCGCCCAUCGGCGGAGACGGCGUCUGCGGGAGCGGGAGCGGGGGAGAGGAGGAGGAGAAUGGAGGGGAGGAGGUUGAUGACGAUGCGGAAGCGGAGGAGGGGGCGAGAGGGGCCGAGGUUAAAGGGAAGGGUAAGGGGAAGGAGCGGGCGGGGGAGAGGGAGAACGGAGGGUCGCAGCAGGGGGAGGAGCAGAUGGAAGUGGCGGUGGGCAUGCCUGCGCUGCCCCGAGGCCACUUUCAGGGGAACGUUCAGGUGCUUCCGCAGCAGGUGGUGGUGAAGCUAGAGAUGAUGGAAGAGCAACGUCGGCAGCAACAACGGGAGCAGGAGCAACAGCAACAGCAGCAACACGACCAGCAGCAGCAGAGAGCUUAUCCAACUGUGUCUGGCAGUCGUCCAGGCGUGUCGUUGUCCCGUCCCUCACCAUCCGACGCCAUCCCAAACCCCUCUUGCACGCCUCGCUCCGCCGCCGCCCCCAGUCCGGCUCAGCCUUCCGCCAGCGCGGGUGCCAGCCCCCCCACAUCCCCGGAGAAACACUCCGCCCCCUCCGCGCGCCUGUCCCUUUCCGGACCUCCUGCUGCCCGCCCCGGCCAAGCGCCAGUGGCGAGCGGCCCCAAUCCCAUGUCCAGCGGCUCACAGAGAGUGAGCGGUGCCCCUCUGCGCGCAUGCAGUGCGCCUCAGGCGCAGCCCCAGCCCCAGACGCAGGGGCCGGCGCAGACGCAGGCACAGGGGCAGGCGCAGGUCCAGCCAAUGGCGCCGGGCGUACACCUGACGAGCGGCCGCUGUCGCGUGGGGCCCACCAGCCGCACCAUCACGCUGCUAGGCGGCAGACUGCCGUCCGCCCUGGCGUGUUCUCCCGAAGAGAAAGGACCCCGCCCUGAUGGGGAUGAGGAAGGCGAUGGUGGCAGUGGUGCUGGCGCUGACGUGGCACACGGUGGAGUGGCAAUGCAGGGCGUGGGGCAGCAGGGUGCCGUGGUGCAACAGGGGGCCAUGGUGCAACAGGGGGCCAUGGUGCAGACCGUCCUCUCUGCUGCCCCUCUUCCCGCUCCUGCUGCCGCCCCUGCUGGCGCUCCCCCCAGCGCUGCCCCUGCGUCCUCGUCCUUCCUGCACCUGCCCUCGCGCCCCGCUCUCACCCUCCCCCAAGCGCGGCCAGGGCCCAGCCAGCAGCAGGCGUACCUGCCUCAGCAGCAAGGGCCCAUGCCGCACACAAGCUCCACGUGCGCACCUCAGCAGCAGCAGCAGCAGCAGCAGCAGCGCCAGCAACCGCCGUCACAGCCUAUGUAUUAUCAAAGCCAAGGGCAGCAAGCAUUUCAACCACCGCAGCAGCAGCCACGGCAGCAGCAACAACAGCAGCUACUGCAGCAGCAGCAGCAACAGCAGCCACCGCAGCAGCAGCAGCAGUAUCAGAACGGGCCAAUGCCACCAUGGCAGCAGCGGGGUCUCCAAAUGCCAUCCUGCCCUCCCCCUCCUCCUCCCCGCGCCCCUCCACCACACUCCAUCAUCGCCCCCUCUUCCUCCGCCUGCGCGCCCACACCCGCCCGCUCACCACCACCACCGCCACCAGCUUCGGCUGCCUUCACUGCCGGCCCCACGCAGCCCCACCGAAACUCUGUAACGGGUGGCAGCAACGCUGUUCCAAGCGGUACCACAUUGGCAGGCGACGCUGCAGCACAAGGGCGCGCAGCAAGCCGUGCAGGCGGAGCCUGGGAGUCCAGGGUGGAAGUGAAGGCGGAGAGUGACGGCAUGCGAGGGCGCGAGGGGGCGGAGGAGGAGGAGGCGGCAGCGGUGCAGCGGCUGCUGAGUCUGGACGGGGCGGCAGCAGAGCCGCUGUUCCAAGCAGCGGAGCAGGCAGUGCAUGAGUACCAUGCGACUCAGGGCUUCCAGGGCAGUCAGGGCGGCCUUGCAUGCGAGGCUGGAUCCGCGGUGACUGAUGCAGGAGCGACUGGCCCCACCACCGCCGCCGCCGCCGCUGCUGCUGCCGCUGCUGCGAAUACUCCCACUCCUGCGUCUGCUGCGGCUGUUGCAGCAGCAGCAGCAGCAGUGCCAGGGCUGGUGACGGUGGAGAGGGCAGUGGAAAGGGCGGUGGACGAUUCGCUCUUCUACGUGCCGCCGCAGCUGGACCACCUCGAUGCUGCGCCCUCCACUGCUGUCUCCUCCGCGCCCCCUCCCCUCGUGCCCCUGCCCCCCCUCUUCGACUCGUUCCUCCUCAGCCCCACCACCGGCCCCGCCCUGCCUGCCUCACCGCAAAUCACCGCUCUCAACCUCCCCUCCUCCUCUGCGCAGCCCUUCUCCUCGCCUCUCGGCCUGCGCCAGAUGCUACCUCCUCUGCCGUGCACCGGCUGCCAGACCCCCAGGCAGAUGCAGCCUGCCGCGCCCUCUGCGGGCUGUCAGACGCCAGUGAACGCCAUCUUCUCAGGCCUCUCGCCCUUCCUCUCUGGCCGCAGCCCCCCCUCGUGCGCUGCCUCGCUGUCCAUGUCGUGCCUGCUGCUCAGUGCUGGCCGCUCCCUGGACGGCCCUCCUUCCAUCUUCCGCAAGCGCAGGAGGGUGGUUGAGGUCACUGCCAACGCUUCUGCUGCCACGCCUCCACCUGCUUCUCGUGUUGCUGCUGCGGCUGAUAGUGCUGCUGCUGCCGAUGAUGCUGACGGGGCUACUGUAGGUGCCGCAAAGGGCGGGGAGGAGCGGGGGGAGAAGGGAAAAGAGGGUGGAAGAGAGGCGGAGGGAGUGUUGGAAUCGGGCAGGGUGCUGGCUCUGCUGAGGGAGCAGCCAGAAGGGCUGGGCAGUGCACAGCGCAGAGCAGGGUCAGCGGGUGCAGAGGAGGCCCCCACUGCAGGUGGGGCUGGAGAAGGCGGUGUCACUAAGGGGAGUGAUACAUGCGAUGUUGACCGUGACGGGCGUGAUAAGGGCGGGCUGCUUCUGCGGAUGGGCAAUGGUGCUGACAGUAAGGAUGGUGGCAGCGAGAAUGAGAAGGGGAGUGAGAGUGGUGUAAAGGUCGGGAAUGAGAAAGGGAGGGGCGGCGAGGGGCUGCGGCGUGAGAAAUCGGGCGAAUGGGGCCUGGAUGGCGAGAGCAGCCCGCAGAGGAGUUUGAAGUGUGAACGCCCCGCGUGCAGGCGGGCAGCUGUGAAGGAUGGCCGUGCAACCGACCUGGGGGACAAGGAGGAGCAGAAGGAGGAGGAGGAGGAAGUGGAAGUGAAGGAAAGGGAGGGAAAGCAGGAGGGACCGGGAAAGGAGCAGGAGGAGGAAGAGGAGGAAGCACAGGAGGAGGAAGAGGAGGAAGAGGAGGAUCCGGCUGAUUUCGCUCUGCCUGCAGCUGCCAUUGACGGUGAGGAUGGAGAGGGGGGCGUUCACUGCGGGCCGGUGACGUGGACGCUGACACGUGGCAAGAGCGUGAGCCCUGAGGGCAAGAAGCGCGCGCGAGAGGGCGAGGAGGAUGGGGUGCAGGCAGGGGCGAGGGGAGGAGGCGGCAUGGGAGGAGCAAGGCCGGAAGGGAGAGUGUCUCCGAGGAAGCAGCUGAAGCUGGAUGGGGAAGUUGCGACGGUGGCUGCUUCUGCUGGCGCUGCUGGCGCUUCUGGUGCUGGCAAUGGGGCCCUGCCCCUGAGCCGUGUGCUGCACUUGGAGCUGGAUGCGGCUGCUGACACCCACAUGCAUGACGCCAUGCAUGGCAGCAAACCCAGUCAUGAGCUCACCACGCCGCACUCAAAGAAGCACGAGCAGCAGGGUGCAUCCUUGAGCAAGCCGCUCUCCUCGUCCUCCACCCUCCCAUCCCCCCCGCUCUGUGUUUCUGCCUCGUCCACUCGAGAUGCCUCGUCCCCAUCAUCCCUCGCGCCCGUACCCUCCUCAGACACCCCCUCUACCGACUCUCCUGCUGCCACUGCGCCUGCGCAUGCUGAUGCUCCUCAGCCCACAUCUGCACCUGCUGCCCCUGCUGCUGCUACAGCAGCAGCACCACCAUUACCAGCGUCACUAGCAGCUGGUGCCGGGGCAACAGUGGGAGUGGUGGGGCGAUCGCGUCUGGGUACAGUUCCUGUGGUGGCCUCCCCUAGAGUGGGUCCGCUGCGGUCAGGAGUGGUGGAGAAUGGUGAGAAGGUGGGGGCAACGGAGGAGGGGAGUGCAGACGGGGAGAAGGAGCGGCAAGAGAGCAGGUGUGUGCAGGGCACUGGUGCCAGCGGUGCAGACAGCAAGCCGUGUGACUCUUCUGACACUGCUGUAGCUGCUGCAGUGAAGGUUGGGACCAAGGCAGGCAGCACCACAGCAGCAGGCUCACACAAGGGUCCGGCCCUGAAGGCACAGACGAGGAGGCUCAUCCGCAAGGUGCUGCCUGGGGGAGGCGUUGACUGGCAGGUGGCGGCUGUGGGGCCUGGGCUCGCCAGCCUCAGGGGCAUCCUGCAGGCUGCCUCCGGUGCACCACCGCCCCUCACAGGAGCCCUGCCCUCGCACAUACGCACUGGCACUGCUGGGGGCACAGGGGCAGCAGCAGCAGGAACAGCAACAGCAGUGGCGGUCCCUGCAGGGCCUUUUGGAUCCGGGCGCCUGCUGUCCUCUGCAGCAGCUGCAGCAGCAGCUAAGGCUCGGCCCGCACCGAGGGAGCUUUGCUCGCCGGAGCUGGCAGGUUCAGGUGCGAGCGUGAGCUACUCAGGGUGCUACAGCAGCUGCAGCGGCAGCCAGUCGUGCAUGAGCGGGGCGCUGUCCCCCUCAGUGACACCAGCGACCUCCCCUCCUGCGGCAUCCCUGAUGGCCGCCAUAAGCACCAUGGCCUCUGCCACUGUCACGUCUGCUGCUGCUGCUGCACCGCCUCCGCCCCUGCAGAUGCCCUCACCUGCGCAGCCCCAGCUGCCCCUUGUUCAUGGGAAGGGAAGCAGCAGGGCCGGUAGUGCGAGGGUGGCCCUGACUACUGUUGGUAGCAGUGGCGGUGGCACUGCUGCUGGUUCUGCUGCCAGUGGUGCUGAGUGUGCGUCUGCAGAGGCUGGUGAUGCGGCAGUAGCAGAGGUUGGUGAGACCAUGGCUGAGGGGGGCUCACGUGCUGCCCAUGGCCACACUGCUGCUUCUGCAGCACCUGAUGCAACACCUGGUGCAUGUGAGGUUGACCCGCUUGAGUGUGCUGAGGCAGUGAGUGACGUGGACGCAGCAGUGGCAGCAGAAGGCAAGCCAUGCAUGGCACUGCCAUCACCACAAGCGCCACAGCACAAGGCACCAGCAACACACAACGCCUCCACGUCUCCUCCUCGCCCGCUGAAGCGCCCCUUCUCUGCUGCUGACAAUGCCGACCCACCAGCUGAUUCCAGUGCUGCUGCUUGUGGCUCUGCUGGUGCUGCUGAGGGUGGCGCCGGUGGUGGUGGAGCGAAUGGCGGAGAGGCAGGCUCAGCAGCGGGGGGAGGAGGAGAGGAGGGUUCAGAGAGGAAGGUGAGGCGGGUGCGACCGCCGCUGCACCGGUGUGUGGGCAAGCCGCAGCAGCAGGUGCAGGUGCAGGGGGAAGGAGAGGGCGAGGGUGGAGAGGCGGAGGGAGAGGCAGCAGGCGGUUGUGCUGGUGUGUUGUCCCCACCCCCUCUCAAGCGCGUGGCAGCAGUGCGAGCAGCAGCAGCAGGGGAGGGGCAGGGGAACAGCUUGGGCCGAGCAGAGGCAGGAGAGGGUAAUGGAGGAUCUACUUUGGUGGGAGGGGGUGAGGGGGCAGCAGGGUCGGAGGGGCAGUGGGUGUUGCAGGAGGUGGGGGUGGAGGGGUCGCUCUUCUCCCCAACGCCGCCUUCACGUGCGGGUAUGGCGGGCGUGGCAUCAUCACUCGCCUCACCCAUGUCGCCCUUCACCGCUCGCUGGCUCUCGCCUGUGAGGCCGCAGGCACUGGCAUCGCUUGACGUCUUCCGCUGCAGCACGCCCGCGUCGAUGCGCAAGGCGGGCUUUGCUCGCUCCCAUGCGCACUCUCACGCAAACACACACGCGCCCAUGGUGGAUGGUGACGCUGCUGACUGUGACCUGGCAGCGGGCACUGGGCUCAGCAAGACCACGUGGGGCGAGCCCAUCAGCCCUGCCAGCUACCUGCUGCGCGAGUACCGAUGA